UAUGUUGUGUGUGUGUAUAUAUAUAUAUAUAACAGUUGUGUACUCCAACCUGCGGAUGGCAACAACCCGCUAAGAAACGUCUUGUCUGUCCGGAAAUCCAAGGAGAAGGAGAAGGAGAAACAACAAAGAUGGCGGACAGGCUAACGCAACUUCAAGAUGCAGUCAAUUCUCUUGCUGAUCAGUUUUGUAACGCAAUCGGGGUGCUGCAGCAGUGUGCGCCGCCAGCUUCGUUCAGCAACAUACAGACAGCAAUCAACAAGGACCAGCCAUCGAACCCCACUGAGGAGUAUGCCCAACUAUUUGCUGCACUGAUUGCCCGGACAGCUAAGGAUGUGGACGUGCUGAUUGACUCACUGCCUAGUGAGGAGUCCACGUCAGCUCUACAGGCGGCCAGUCUGCGGCAGUUGGAGGAGGAGAAUCAUGAUGCAGCGGCACGUCUCGAAGAGGUGGUAUACCGAGGGGACUUGCUACUGGAGAAGAUCCAAAGCGCCCUGGCUGAUAUUGCUCAGUCACAACUUCGUACUCGCAGUGGAGGGCCCAACCAGACCACACCGCCUGAAUCAUGACCCCACACAACAUGGAGCAAAGACAUUCUCACAUCACAUCACUUUCUCACAUAAACACACCAGAGGGUGCAAAUGUGUGCAGGAAAUCAAAUAAAGAGCCCACCUGAACAGCUGACCUCUCAAGGAGGUGAAUCUGUGGAAAAUACUUUUCGCAAUAUGUGAUGGGACAUUGGGAAGUUGGUGCUUGGGGAAUUCAGUGAGGCCAUGAACCCACAUGUUCCUUUACACAAGGACCUUGAGUUCUGCCAGAAAGGAACUGUUUACUCUGUCCUUUUCUUAGCACACUAUUUUGGAUUAAACAGCACUGCUCUGACGUCAACAUCUGCUGUCAUUUUCUUAACCCUGGUUAUUUUGAGGAUGCUAGUUAAGGGUCUGCUGACUGCUGUUGGUAGACAUUUUUGUACAUACUGAAAGAAACUGGUAAAAAUAACAACUAUCCUAAAUUGAUAGAAGCCCAUUUUACAUGCUGCAUGCCAGAAAAUAAUAACGCUUUACAAGCAAGCCCUGUUGUGUUUUAGAAAGUCAUGUUUUGUAUUUUGUACCAAUGUUUUUAUUAACUGUUUAUUUCAAGGCAUGAAUGGCAUUUUAAAAUGAAGUCAAGUGUUUGCAUUUUAUAUGGAAUGUUAGUGCUGCACAUUUUGAUAUGCAACACAGACAAACCUUGGCCCCACAGAAAGAUGGCUUUCAGAAUGCCCCUGUUUUAUUAACCAGUUAUGCAUUAGGGGGCGCUAUUAAAAUUUUUGGAUGAAAAACGU